AAGGACUUAUAUAACGGGUUAUUUUCUCUUCAAGUUCCGAUGUGGGAUACUCUUAACACUCCCCCUCAAGUGGACAACCGGGCCAUUUUGAAUCUAACCGGUUGACCACUUGCAAAUGAACUCCCAUUCCCUUGACUUUCUUUUUUUUUAGCGCCAACACCUAAAGAACCACGAGCCGCUGGGAAGGUAUGAGCUCACCUUUGUUGUACGGUGUGUCUCCCCACACGCUCUCCAUGGAACUAGCCGGCGAUCACUUUCCGGCCAAUAAAUAUCUAAACUCCGCCGCCGCACCGCCGCCGGGAAAUUCACCGAACAAGAUCCCGGCGUCGAAGAGGAGGAAAAAAGACGACGACGGGAAACACCCGAUAUACCGCGGCGUGCGGAAGCGGAGCUGGGGGAGGUGGGUGUCGGAGAUCCGAGAGCCGAGGAAGAAGACGAGGAUAUGGCUGGGGACAUUCGCCACCGCGGAGAUGGCGGCGCGGGCCCACGACGUGGCGGCGAUUGCCAUCAAGGGGCCGUCCGCGGUCCUCAAUUUCCCCGGCUUGGCGCCCGGCCUCCCCAGACCGGCCUCUAAAUCCGCCAAGGACAUCCAGGCGGCCGCCGCAAAAGCCGCCGCGCUCGACUGGUCAGACCCGACCCGACCCGAUCCGCCGUCAUCUCCGGAGGAGAAUCCGACUUCGGAAUCGACGGCGACGUCGCUGAGCAGGGACGACGACGACGACCCGUUUCUCGAUUUGCCGGAUCUUCUAUCCGACCCGACCCGAAGAGCCGCCGAGAUCGGGUUCAUUUCGCCGUGGCUCCAGCUGGCAGCUGGAUUCGAGCCGUUUCACGCGGAUAUUUGGUCAGCGGAUGAGAAUUUACUUUGGGAUUAAAUUUAGAGGUAAAUCCAAAAAAAAAAAAAGCGAGUGCGGUAAAUCUGCAUGGCUCAAAGAGUGGUUCGCAGUAAAAAAACAUUAUUUACUCCGUGUGAAAGCUAGCUAAGGUAUCAAUCAAUUCUUUACCACGUGACUGUUACGGGCAUGAACAAUUUCAUGUACUGUAAUUAAUUUUUUUACGGUGGAAAUAUGCUCAAAAAAAUUACGGCGGAAUAAAACGUUAUAUGUAUUCAUUAUUCCAUAUAAAUUACUCCGUAUUGUGUAGUAUUUGGACUUUUUGUGCACUGUUUGGAUGAAAUUUAAUUGUGAAUUAAUUAUUUUGUGAAAU